UUCGAACGAAAAAAAUAUUUAUUGUUGUGUCAACAUUUUACAGCAAACCAACCCGCGAAAGUGGACGUUGCUCGCUAUUUUCUACUUCAAGGAUCUGCUUCGCUGAGAUUAUAGAAUUUUGGGGAACAACACAUUGGAAGCAAGUUACAGUGAAGUCACAUAGGUUUUCUCAGUAAAAACAAUGUUGAACUUAGUUUGACUUGGUCGACAAAAUAUAACCAACAAGCUAACGUAGCUAGUGGGUGUGCUAAACAGUUUUGAAUGUCCAGGAUCUGACAGGUUGAGGUUGAAGUGGUUGUUGACUUUCUCAAUUUAACAUGGGAGAAUGAAAUUCUAUCAUGGGGACAUUGAACGCUUUACAAGAAUGGUGUGGCAUAAAAUGCGAAAAUUACCCCAAUGUGGAGAUAAGGAACAUGUCUUCUUCAUUCAGAGAUGGAUUGGCGUUUUGUGCUAUUAUCCACAAACACCGACCUGAUUUGAUAGACUUCAACUCCCUCUCCAAAGAUAAUGUUUAUGAAAACAACCAUCUGGCAUUUGAGGUCACACAGUCAAAGCUGGGCAUCCCUGCAUUGCUGGAUGCUAAGGACAUGGUGUCCACAGAGGUGCCAGACCGGCUAAGUGUCAUCACUUACCUCUCCCAUUACCACCACUGCUUCAACAAGAAGUCUCAUGCCGGUCCAGCCAGUUUGAAGACGCCAUAUGUCGCAGAGUGCUCCAGUCACUCCCAGACACAACCUGACUCUCUUGGAGGUUUGCAGCCCGCCAAGUCAAGGACAGAGGAGCGAUCCAACAGUGUCAGGCCAUGCAGCGUUUGUGCCUCCUGCAUGAAGCACGUCCACCUGGUGCAGAGACAUCUCACUGAGGGGAAACUCUACCACCGCAGCUGCUUCAGAUGCAGUGUGUGCAGCAGCACUCUCUUACCAGGGUCUUACAAAGAGGGGAGUGAAGUUGGCUCCUUGGUCUGUACCCACCACUUGACAGCCAGUCAAAAUGCCCUCCCCGACUACAGUAAAUAAACUGGAUCAUUAGAGAAUCUGCCCAAAUUAGAUGAGCAGGAGGUGACACUAUCUCAAGGUGGAUUUACAGACAACCUUGAUCUCUCUGAUUUUAUUAGAAAAACAGACUCAGGUGAGACAGUUAUUUCUGGAAGAGGAGAGACAGAGACAGAGGGAGGUGAGAGAAAGACAAGGCAUGGCACACUUAAGAAGCCACGGCCACCCUGUCCUCCAAAGCCCACUGUAGAAGAGGGAACGCUUGAAGAAGCAGGGACACGGCCCAUUCAGACAACAGAAACUGUCACUGUAACACCAGACAGCGGUUCGGCUUCUGCAAGCCCUGGACGGCCAGUUCCUGCACCCAGGCGGGUGUUAGACUCUACCCCUCCUCGUCCUGCACCCAGAACCCGUCCACCUAAAGCCAUGGACAGCCCCCUUGUUUCUGAUUACACAGUUGAUAAUAAAACGUUACCCAAUCCUUCUCGGAGGUUUGGCCAACCCAGUGGGCCCUGUAAACCCAAAGAACCACCGUGGCUGGAGCUUGUCCAGCCACGGCCCUGGCCAAAGCUUCCCCCUGCCCGCCCCCUAGUAUGCCCAAGCCCCCACGCUCAGGCUCUAUACCCUCCCUCAGAGGCAGUUGGUACAGAGCGAGAGAACCCCCUCCCAACCCCUUUGGGGAGUUUGAGAAUGAGGAGGCUGAUGAUGAUUACACUGGGGAAGAGAACACAAUGAGUGGUGCUGAAGGCCAAGCACAGCCAGACAUGGUGUGGUACCACUCAAUUAGCUGAAGCAGCCAGCUCACAUUUCCAAGCUCAUUUAGAGGACACAUCCAGAGAAGUUGACAAGUCUAGUAUUGCUGGAGCGGAUGACGCAGUAAAUUUCCCUGAAAUUGCUAAUGCACCAAAUGUAGAAAGUUUAGCUGAAGCAGGAUGCUCACUUCCUGUAUCUAAUUUAACAGAAUAACCUUGUUCAAUUGAUAUAUCUGAGUCAGCUGAUGUUGGUGGGAUAGCUAACAUGGCUGAAGCAGCUGGCACACUUGAUGUAUGUAUUUUAGCAGAUGUUGUAGUUGGAGAAUCAACCAACUUGUCCAAAGCAGCUAGUUCACUUGGUUUGUCUAAUUUGACUGAAGCUAAAACCACAAGUUAAUCUUA